UAUUUUUGGCAAACUGAGAAUGUUUGGCUAAAUAUAAGACAAUAAAUAGCUGGAAUGGAUGGUGAAGCUGCUGCUAAAUACAUAACCCCACUUGGAGUGACAGAGGCUGAAAUUUCCGAGGCAGCCCAUGGGAAGCAGGCAGCCCACGGUCCCUGCCGGGUCCCGAGUGUGCCCCCCAUUUCACGGGCUGCCCCCGCUCCGUCGCAUCUGCCAGGAGCCUCAAGGACGAGUAGGAAGAGCUACGGAAGGGAACUCCCCCGACUUGUGUGCUGAGGCUGGGAUCCGUGUCGGUGUGUGCGCGGCUCCCCAGCCUGCAGAGCAGCUCGGCUCCCCGCCCCGCAGCCUGAGCAGGGCCGGCUCCCGCCCGCAGCGCUCCCGGCCGUCCCAGCGCGGCCCCGGGCCGGCUGCGAGGGCAGCGGAACCGAGCGGGCUCCUUAUCCCGGGGCUGCGGCGGGGAGGAGCCAGCGCCGCACCGAGCGAAGCGCCGGCACCGCGCCGGGUCCCGCACCAGCACCGCACCCGCACCGUCUCCGGCACCGCUCCAGCCCCUUCCACCUCCGGCACCGCUUCUGCUCCGGCAUCGGCACCGCUCCGGCGCUAGUACCGGCCCAGACCCUCUCCGGCACCGGCACCGCUUCUGCUCCGGCACCCGCUCCGGCCCCGGUGCGGCUCCGCUCCCACACCCCGACCCCGGUGCGGCCCCGCGGCGCCCGGAGCGCCGCCCCUGCUCUUCCCCGGGACCCGGCGUGGCGGCGGCAGGAAGGAGGAAGGAGGGAGAGCGACCUGCUCGGCGGCCGGGCUCUGCCAUCCCUCGCAGCACAAGGUAAAAUGAACAAGAUGAAAAAUUUCAAGCGGAGGUUCUCACUCUCGGUUCCGCGGACAGAGACCAUCGAGGAGUCACUGACGGAGUUCACGGAGCAGUUCAACCAGCUCAACAACCGGAGGAAUGAAGACCUGGCUCAAGGGCACCUGCAGCUGGGACACCUGGGCAGGGACUUCCGAGCAGACACCAGCCCCAUCUCCCCCUCCGAGGUGGAAGGCCAGUCCCCGAUGGCUGUAUGCUACCGCAACAACAACCAGCGUCGCUUCUCCAUGGAGGACGUCAGCAAGCGUCUCUCCCUGCCCAUGGACAUCCGCCUGCCCCCUGAAUUCUUGGAGAAGCUGCAGAUGGAGAGCCCGGAGUUCCCCAAGCCCCUCAGCAGGAUGUCCCGACGGGCUUCCCUUUCAGAUAUCGGGUUUGGGAAGCUGGAAACUUACGUUAAACUGGAUAAACUGGGAGAGGGCACUUACGCCACUGUCUUCAAGGGACGCAGCAAGCUGACCGAAAACCUCGUUGCCCUGAAGGAAAUCCGCCUGGAGCACGAGGAAGGGGCACCUUGCACGGCCAUACGGGAAGUGUCGCUGCUGAAGAACCUGAAACACGCCAACAUCGUGACCCUGCAUGACAUCAUCCACACGGAGCGCUCCCUCACCCUCGUCUUCGAGUACCUGGACAAUGACCUCAAACAGUACCUCGAUAACUGUGGGAACCUGAUGAGCGUGCACAACGUGAAGAUCUUCAUGUUCCAGCUGCUGCGUGGCCUGGCAUACUGUCAUGGGAGAAAGAUCCUGCACCGAGACCUCAAACCCCAGAACCUGCUCAUCAAUGAGAGAGGAGAGCUCAAGCUGGCUGACUUUGGACUAGCCAGAGCCAAGUCAGUCCCUACGAAAACGUAUUCCAAUGAGGUGGUCACACUGUGGUACCGGCCCCCCGACGUCCUGCUGGGAUCUACCGAGUAUUCCACACCCAUUGACAUGUGGGGUGUUGGGUGCAUCCACUACGAGAUGGUCACCGGACGGCCCAUGUUCCCCGGCUCCACGGUGAAAGAAGAGCUGCAUUUGAUCUUCAGGCUGCUGGGAACCCCAACAGAAGACACCUGGCCUGGAAUAACAUCCAACGAGGAGUUUAAGGCUUACAAUUUCACGCAGUACCGAGCCCAGCCGUUAAUUAAUCAUGCCCCAAGGCUGGACUCAGAAGGCAUUGACCUGCUGAUGAACCUCCUUCUGUACGAAGCCAAAGGCCGGAUUUCGGCGGAGGCAGCCUUGCGGCACGCUUACUUCAAGAGCCUGGGAGAGCGGGUGCAUCUCCUGCCUGACAACGUCUCCAUCUUCUCCCUGAAGGAGAUCCAGCUUCAAAAGGACCCUGGCUACAGAGGCUCGGCCUUUCAGCAGUCAGCCCGAGGGAAGAACAGGAGGCAGAGUAUAUUUUAAACUUGGAUCUCGUGUUCCCCUUGUCACCAUGGAGAUCAAAGCACUGAGAAAGGAGAUGGCGACACACUCCCACCCGACCCACCACAGAAUUACCGACUCGAGCAGGAUGAUGCUGAAGCGCCCUCAGCCGCAGGCUCUCCCCUGCCCGUGCCCACAACCACAGCCCCUACCAGCUGCUCUUGAUGGACCUGUGGCCUUUUUCUCCUCUUAUUUUCAUGUUGCCCAAAUCAGACGUGAGCUGCCACUCUCUGUGCCGGUGCUCUAGCGAGCAGCUGCCCUGGGCACUGCCCGGAGCGAAGGAUCCUGUGCUGGCCCAGGGAACCGCUCGCUGCCCUCGGGGGGUGAGCGAGGCACAAGGAGGUUUUGUGAGCAGAGGGUCGUAUCUCCAAAGCUGGGCUGUGGAUUGUAGCAUUUGGCCCAGGCAGGCAUUUCUGAAAAUGUACCUUUGCUCAGACAACCUGCUCUGCACCCCCUAUUUCUUGGGGACACACUUUGCAGCCACGUUACGAGUUGGGGCAUGACCCAGCCUGGCUCUGGAGAGACUGCACCUGAAGCACAAAAACCAGGGCAGCUCUCCCUUAUUUGCCCUUGCCUCUGCUUACAUAACCCCUUUUUCUCUCCCCAACUUUGGUACCUGAAUCCUGACAAGGAUGGAGCAGCUGGGAGGAGGGGGCUUCCCAUUGCUUCCCCCAGCAUCUCCCCCUCCUUGCCACCAGUGCGUUUCCAAAUUCGGUCAGCUGGCUGCUCCCUGGGGAUGUCCUCAGCUGAGAGCAAGAGCUGGCUUAGCCCGCCCGGGUGCAGGUACCUGCUGGUAGAGCUGUGCAGAAGUGGGGCCGAACGAGCAUCAGCUCUGUGCUGCCUCCCGUUGCUGCCCGAGCCCUUCAGCCAGCCUUUCCCAGGCACCGAUGGAGCAGCUCCUUUCUCAUCACCGAGCCUGCUGUCCCCCCAGCCCACAACCCUCUCUGCCAUCGUCACAAGGGGCAGGACGCGGUUCCCAGCCGGAGUCUCAGCAGCGCAUCGCCCCCCGUCCCGUCGCUGAGCCCCGCGCGAUGUGGGGGCGAGCCGUGCAGCAUCUCCGUACCGAAGCGUUGCGCACACCCACCUCAGUGCAUUUCUACCCAGAGGAAGGGGGAGAGGUGCCAAACCUCCCACAGCUCAGCUGUGGGGACCAGAAAUAGACCCGGAGAGAAGCAAAUCAUCCCUCAAACCUCAUCGCCUGGCCUCUACAUUUGUAGCCAGUGCCAGAUCGUACCAGCCCUGACUCAGAUCGAUGCUGCGGGACUGAGGUGCGUGCUUAGAUCUGAGCCUGCGUUGCUGGCCGAGGACUGCUCCUGGUGCGUUUUCCCCUCCGUACACUUCAGGAACGUGCCAAAUCCAUCCUGAGCGAAGAGGCCCUGCUGCACCUCUCCCCCACAGCCUGCAAACAGCCUGAAACGUCUUCAAGCGUGUGAGCGUUACAAGAUGUCUCUCUACUGUAUAAUAUUCACAUCCUUUUCUUGGCUGUCCCGGAUGACUAGUCCUCUCGCCCACCGGUCCUCCAGCCCACGGAUGUGGCCAGGACACCCUGGACUUGGCAGGUGCUGGGACUGUCACCUGGCUCUGGGACUGGCAGGACAUGCUGAUGUCUUAACCCGUCACGCUCCCAGCCUGGGAGGCAUUGCUCAGGGGACGGUAACUCUCCAUGCCGCUGUUUCCCCAUCGAGCCAGGAGUGAGGGCUCUGUUUUCUGCUUUGCUGUGCAGCAUUUCUUCUGUGAUCCUCAGAAAAUGCAAAGCAUGAGGAUAAACGAGGAGACCCUGGAGCUCCCGAAAGCUUCUGGGCCGACUGCUGCCUGUGCCAGUGCUCGAUGCGAUGCGCCCUCUGAGCUUCCCCCAUCAGACCAAAGCUGUUAAUUCGGGUUUGUCCUAGACAAGCAUCCAGACGUCUGCAUUGUUUGAGGUUUGCCCAUCCCUGCUCCGUUCCCUUCUCGGUAUGUCCAGCAUACAGCAGGCUGAAUAGUUCAUUAAUUGUUUCCAUUUGAUAGGGAAGUGCAUGAAUAGCCAUCAGCCACCAGUGACGCAUUUCACCCUGAUGCCAGGGCAGUGUUUUGCCUGGUUUCCUACACCCGGCUCCUGCUGCAUGGGGCUUUUCAGUGGGGAGGUUCUCCAAGGGAGGUGUUGGCCGGAGUAAGUCUGAACUCUUACACUGUCAUCUUUUCUUUCACAAAGGCAUUUUAGACAAGAAUUUUCUUGGCAUGGGAGGGAUCCGUGGUGCAGACUUGCACUUCCCAGGGCAGCCAGCUCCCGUCAGGAAUUAGCAGCUCAGCAGGCAGGCCAGCUCACGGACGCAGCAUCUCCUGUACCCCCACGGCAGCACCCGCAGGUACACGGGGUGAAGGGUGCCGGCGUGCCCAGGGGACCAAAGCCCCCGCUGCGGUCUGUGAGCACAGAUCGGACCAGGGGGAGCAGGAACCCCUUCCACCAGCUCCUGGGAAGCCCAUUCAGGACACGUUUGACCUGGUUUUGUGCAGUUUUCUUGCUCGGCGUUACCAGCGCCGUGCACUGAGAUUGCCUUGGGCGUAGAGCUCGCUGGGGCAGAGGGUGCCCAGCUGAACCAUCCCACUUUCACGCCAGCGGGCAGAUCACAGCAGAGCACCCGAUCCGGUGUGGUCUCAGCUCUCCCCACAUAAGGGAGGUAUUCCUGCUGAAGGUCAGGGUCACCUACGGAAACUGCUGGGGCGAAAGGUUGGGAAAAGACCUAGCAAUGACCGCGUAGACGGGACUGCUUUGCCCGGGAUCAGAUAGCAAAGACAAAGGGCCUGUUAGCUGCUGUUUAUUCUUUCGUAGCCUUUGCCUUUCCUCCUACAAAUCCUUCCUAAAGGAGACACUAUUAUUUAUUAGCCCUGUGCGCUACUAACAGCCCCAAUUUAAGAUAACCCCUUUUGUUCCACUGCAUUUAGUGGAUGUUUGAUUCCUAUUCAGGAGGGCGAUAGUGUGUGUAAAUAUUUGGUGCCCCGCUGAGCCGGGUUUGAUUUACAAGCUCCCGUCGCUGCUGCGCUAGCACGUGCUGGCUGGCAGAGCCCCGGGCGUCUGAUCUCCCGCGGCACGCUGCCCACCAAAGCCUUCCUGGCUGCGAAGAAAAGGAGCUGCAGGUCGGCAGAGAUUAGAGCCCAGAGCCAAAUCCCCCUUCUCCGUCUCCUGGAUAGUGUUACGUGGGGUCCGGCUGGGUUUAGAGGACAAGAGAUCCUUUGGGUGCUCUGGUUUAUAAAAGCCCCGAGCCCUCCCGGCAUGCAGGGGGAGGAAAUCUGCAGCAAAGCUCCCGCUGCCGAUGGCAUCGCUCCCUGCCUGCUCCGGCAGCUCAUCCCCAGGCAGGCUUUCCCCAGCUUUUGGAGCACCAGCCAGCUCCCAAGUUGGAUUUUUUUAAAGUAGCACUAAUGAAAAUGCUGGGAAUGUCUGUGGCUCUCCGGCAUUUUUUUCAUUUUGUGGGUUCUCCCAUCCACCGCUUUGCGGAGUAGCUGGCACUCCUCGCAGAUGGGGAGUUUUGACAAAAGGAAACUGUUGCUUUGUCUUCCAGACAUUUUUCUUGCAAUUUUUUUUUUUUUUUUUAUACCAGUUCUGGUGGAAAAUGGAGUUUUGGCUGUGCCCUCAGGAGAGGCUGUAUUCUUUCAUCUCUCCAGCUGAUAGCUAGUUACAGAAAUGUAAGUAAAUAAUGUGUAAAGCAAGGUCCAUGUUACAGGACAACAAUAAAACUUGUAGGCAGAGCUAUUUAAUUUCACCCUCUCCAUACACACAUGCACACGCCUUUCCUGGCCCAGCCGGUUGCCAGAUCUAUGUUAAGAUUUUAAAUAACAGAACUACAUUGUGUCUUGGAGACUAAGGACAAAAUAAGUAGAUUUUUUCCUCUCCCUUACACACAUUGAAAAAAAAAAACAACAAAAAAACAAUUAGAAAGCCAUUUUCCCAAGCUUCUCAAAUGUUUUGUUUGGUUUUUUCCCAUGACUUAUCUUCAGUCAGAAAUCAGGCUGGCAUAAAACGGGAGCCCAGAGCUCCCGGGAGCAGGCUAGGAACAGGCAGGUGGGAAAACAUUAGAGAAACAGUCUGACCCGCUGGGUUGAGUAACAUAACGCGUUUAGUGCGUGUGUCCCGGGGCAUGGGGCAGGGACCGGCCCUGGGGCUGGGAGCCUGCCCAGCCUUACGUGGCCAAACCGCUUGCACCCGUGUCAGUCUGGUGUCUCGCAGCCCCGCAAGCCCGGGUUUGCUCAGAGCACGGAGCCAGCGAUGGCUGAGCGGGUGCUGCAAGGGCCGUCGGGUCUUGAUCCCGAAAUACCUGGGGUUAAAAGUGACGGGAUGUCACCUGCCGAAAGCCGAGGUUCUCUGCCUGACCGUGCUGCUCCGGCCAUGCCGCGCCGCUGUCCUGUCCCUGUGUGCUUGAGUCUUGUAAGAAAUACGUUCGGAUGUGCCCUUAGCACCCCCCCACUAGCGAUUUCUGGGCACAAACACUGAGAAACCCACUUUCUGGUUUCUUCAUUGCCUUCUUUCUUCCCCAGCAUCGUGCUUGUCCUACAGCAAGAAAAACAGAUCCAAGCGGCCAGGAUACGCAUACUGUGAAUGUUCUCUGAUGUGAUUCAUUUGCAGAAUACCGAUAAUAUAUUUAACUAGUGUUGUACAAAUGAAAGAUGCGUUUUAAAAGAAGUGAUUUUAAAGAUUUAUUCCAAAAGAAGCAAUGAUUUUUUUUAUAGAAAGUUUUUCUGGAAUAAAUGGAAAGGUAAAAAAAAAAAAAAAAAGAAUAAAAGAUUGUAUCCAUCUA